GAGUAAUUCCGGGAAGCUCGCCUUACAACUCCGCGCGGCCUCGGCCCCCUGCGCCGCCCGCCCCACAACAAAACUCAGCGCAGCGCUCCCGGGCGCCCGGUUCAGAGCGACCUGCGGCUCAGAGCGGAGGGGAGACUGACCGGAGCGCGGAUCGGGACAGCGGCCGGGACAGCGGCGAGACGCGCGUGUGUGAGCGCGCCGGACCAAGCGGGCCCAGAAGCGGGUCUGCAGCCCAGAGGGCACCUUCUGCAAACAUGUCUGUGGAUCCCCUAUCCAGCAAAGCUCUAAAGUCUGGCCCGGUUUCCCCUUCCCGGAUUCCUGCUCCCCUUCGGGGUUUUGGAUCAAGUCCACCCACCACCUCGGCGGCUAAGGCGGUGAAAGAGGAACACCGGCGGUGGAGCGGGGGGGCCCGUCCCCAGUCCCCUGGACCUCAGUUUCCUCAUGCCCGCAGAUCAAGCGAGAGCUGAGCGAGAACACGCCGCACCUGUCGGACGAGGCGCUGAUGGGGCUGUCGGUGCGCGAGCUGAACCGGCAUCUGCGCGGGCUCUCCGCCGAGGAGGUGACACGGCUCAAGCAGCGGCGCCGCACACUCAAAAACCGUGGCUACGCCGCCAGCUGCCGCGUGAAGCGCGUGUGCCAGAAGGAGGAGCUGCAGAAGCAGAAGUCGGAGCUGGAGCGCGAGGUGGACAAGCUGGCGCGCGAGAACGCCGCCAUGCGCCUGGAGCUCGACGCGCUGCGCGGCAAGUGCGAGGCGCUGCAGGGCUUCGCGCGCUCCGUGGCCGCCGCCCGCGGGCCCGCCACGCUCGUGGCGCCGGCCAGCGUCAUCACCAUCGUCAAGUCCACCCCGGGCUCGGGGUCUGGCCCCGCCCCCGGCCCGGACCCCGCCCACGGCCCGGCCUCCUGCUCCUAGUGCCCGCCCCCGCCAUGCCUCAGCCACGCCCCUCCGGCCUCAGCUCCCUCCCCAAAGUGCCUGAGCGCCGCCUCUGUGCCCAGGUCCCAUUUCUCUGCAGCACUGGCCCCUUGGUGCACACACAUUCCCUUCGUGGGCCCUGUCUUCCUCUUGCAGCCCCCAAAACUGGGACCGAAUGACCCUGGGAAGGGGAACUUGGGUAGGUUGGGGAUGGGGCAGAGGUCUGGAUCUGGGAUCGCCCUUGGCUGAAAGUUUAGCCUUUUUAGAUUGAGAGAUACAGAGCCGGCUUAGAGAACAGCUGUUGGGGGAGAAGAGGGCACCCCUCAUCUUGGAAACUGCUCUUAUUGUGCCAAUAUGCCCUCCAAACCCUCCCAGGAUUCAAGCUAGGUUUGGCUGUCUGUGACUUACAGGGCCGUCCUGCUGAGAAAUUGCACUGAAGAGAUGCCCCCACCUCUGGUUGGGCCUGGGGGUGCCUGGCCUUCCGAAACUAAAAGAGUGGGUGGGAAGACUAGUGAAACCCAGUUCACGGAUGGGGAAACAGGCCUGAGGUCACAUUUCACUUAGUGGUUGUGUUGGGACCAAAACCUGGGUGUCCUCACGGCUGCCCUAAGAGUCCAGCCAUGGUUUUCAGGGGGACAGUGGACAGGGACUCAGAAAUGUGGUGGGAGGGCCUCCCUGGCUUGGGAGACCGCUCUCUGCAAGGGCGGGGGAGAGAAGCAGAGGGAGAGAGAAGGUGACACGGAUGGAAGAGUGGGAAGGAGCUGGCCUGGCUCAGCCCUAGGCUGUCCCUGCAGCCAGGGUGUCCGGGGGCUGGCCAGUCAGAGAAAGGGGGCCAUGGACUGCUGUGGCAAAUAGGGAGACAAGGAGACAGACCCUGCAGUCCUACUACAGUCUGGAGUGGGGUCCUAAGAAGAACGGUCCCACCUCAACCCCUGUCAGUGUCCACUGUGGGGUGGGGGCUGACCCCUGCCUUUGAUUGUCAUUCUCCUGGGAAGCCCAGUCUCAGUCCCUCCCCCAACACUGUCCACACUGCCCCUCCCCACUGUUUAUUUAUUGCACGGAUCUAAGUUAUUCUCCCCAGCCAGAGCCCGAGCUCCUGCUCCCUGGGAAAAGUGGCGUAUGGCCCUGAGCUGGGCUUUAUAUUUUAUAUCUGCAAAUAAAUCACAUUUUAUCUUAUAUUUAGGGAAAGCCGGAGAGCAACAACAAAAAAUGUUUAAGCCGGGCGCAGUGGCUCACAUCUGUAAUCCCAGCACUUUGGGAGUCCAAGGAGGGGGAUCGCUUGAGUCCAGGAGUUUGAGACCAGCCUGGACAACAUGGUGAAUCCCCGUCUCUACAAAAAAUACAAAAAUUAGCCAUGCGUGGUGGCUCAUGCCUGUAGUCCCAGCUACUUGGGAGGCUGAGGCAGGAGGAUCACUUAAGCCCAGAAGGCAGAGGUUGUAGUGAGCUGAGAUCGCACCACUGCACUCCAGCCUGGGCAACAUAGCAAAAUCCUGUCUCAAAAAAAAAGUUAAAAAAUAUUGCCCGGCUCCUAGAAUUUAUUUAUUUCCUGACUUACAGCAAGCGAGUUAUCGUCUUCUGUAUUUUGUAGACUUUCUAAAUAAAGUCAAAUUCUUUCUUUUUCCACAGAGAAUAAA